CGAUUCCUCGCUGACGAUGCCUAUCUUCGACGCCGUUUCUCCAUACCUUCCGCAGGGACCUGGAUGGUUGCCGACGUGGCAAUUGAUUGUGGCCGUGACUGCAGCAUUGAACACAGUGAGCAAUCUCACUAGCUUGACGUUCUCGCGGAGGCUUUACAACAACGCUGUGACUUCCGUUAACCCCCUCCAAGCCCGGACAUUCGCUAUCUGGACCCUUACGUCAGCGGUUGUCCGCUUCUAUGCGGCCUAUAAUAUUCACAACAAGUUAAUUUACGACAUAGCCCUCUUCACGUACCUCUUCGCGUUCUUCCACUUUGGCUCCGAAAUCCUUAUCUAUCGUACCGCAAAAAUAGCUGCCCCAGUACUCAGUCCAGUGAUCGUCUCGACUUCGUCGUUGAUCUGGAUGCUCACCCAGUACAACUUCUACGUGAAAGCCUGAGCGGGGCUGUCCGACAGUUUCCUCACUCCAUUGUUCGGUGGUCUCUCACGUGUGUGAUAACCGGUGCUUCUCCUGCUGUAUGUCCGCUGUCGUUGACUUUACCUGUGAUGCUACCAUGCUUGAUCUUACUCAGCUCUCUCUCCGACUGGUCGUCCGUCGGUUCGUGUACCGCAUGCAUCUUGCUGUCAACGAGCCGUGGCUAUUCACGUCGUCCUCAC